GACAAAAUCUUUCGUAUUAUUAUUUACCUUAAUAGUUAUUAUUAAAUGCAAUGAUAAACUACAAUUCGAGCAGAGAAAAGCUUGCGGUUUCGUUGAAUGUUUGCCGUGGGAUGGAGGCUUCCUUAGAGAUUAGCGCUGAACAAAGAGUUCUAUUUGUAGGUCUUGUGUGUGUAGAUCUUUUUCAAGUUUUACGAACAUAUCCAACAGAGGAUCAAGGACAUAGAUGCACAGACAGCUACUGGCAAAGAGGGGGUAACGCAUCCAACUCGGCAACUGUUUUUUCCAUGCUGGGUGGUAACGCAGAAUUCUUCGGCACACUGUCCAAUGAUAGGGAGCUAAGUUUUAUAGAGAACGAUUUUAAAGAAUGUGAUGUGAAGUUUGACCAUUCGUUAGUCAUUCCAGGUACAUCUUGCCCCAUUUCAGUUGUCAUUAUCAGUCAAGAAUCCAGAAGUCGUACUGUUUUACAUACAAAUAAAAAUCUCCCAGAGUUAACUGUUGACCACUUCAAACAGCAAAUAGAUUUUAAUUCUUUACAAUAUGGAUGGAUUCACUUUGAAGGUAGAGAUAAUGCCUUUGAGAUAGGAAACAUGAUAAAACACAUAUUACACUACAAUGAAAUGAUGAAAAAGAAGGAAGCCAAUUUUAAACCAAUUAUUGUAUCAUUAGAAGCUGAAAAGUUGCGGUUAAGACCUGAAAUGGAUAAACACAGCUUAUGGCAGCUUCCAGAUCUUCUUUUUAUAAGUAAAGAUUUUGCUCAAAAUGAUGGCUUUGAAUCUAUGACUGAUGCUGUUGCAGGGUAUUUCCCCAAACUUAAAGAGGAGGCUACUCUUGUUUGUGCUUGGGGGGAGCAAGGAGCAGCAGCAGUGUCCAGCAAAACAGGUGUUGUUGUGUCCCCUGCUUUUCCACCUGGCUCUGUAGUUGACACUUGUGGGGCGGGAGACACAUUCAAUGCUGCGGUUAUCUUUGCUUUAUCGAGAAAACAAAGUCUUAGUUAUGCGAUUUCAUAUGCCUGCAAGGUAGCUGGUCUGAAGUGUGGUAUGCAGGGUUAUAGUGGCUUAAAGCAAAUGGCGUUGAAUCAUUUUUAAUUCGAUUUUUAUAUUAGUAAGAUUUACUUGGUUCAAAACUGCCUGAACUGCUUUAUUAUAUACCAGUUCAUUAUGCCAAUUAAUUGAUCUCUUUUUUUUUUACUAAGGUUUAGAUCAUAUUAUUUAUUAUUAUUUACCCAGACCCAGUUUA